CGACUGCGCAGGCGCCAUUAAAAAAGAACGUACCAUAGUAUUUUAAAGUUUCAAUACACUAUUAUUAACUCCAUAUUGAUUGUUAAUUAUAAAUUGUUUAUUAUAUUAGUUAGAAGAGAGGAUUUGUAACAUAUCCCUUUUAUCGCUCUGCUAAGAAAAUGUCGCAGCCUGGGAAAAAGUUACGAGUUGUCCCACAAUCAUCGAUACUUGACAUUAAUUCUUUUGAUAUCCCUUUUAAAGGACCAACAGCUUCGAGUCCUUUCAGGAAAGGAAGCCAAAUAGUUAUGAAAGGUGAUUCUAAAGAAGACUUAAGGCACAAAUCAUUCGAGGAGCUUUCUAAUACUCAUGGAAAAAAUCUCUCACAAGACUCUUCAUACAUCAGCGGAUCUAAAAAGAAUUCUCAGCCGACUCAAAAUUACUUAAAAGAAGCCAUGAAGCCUAUAGAGAAAUACACUCUGUUCCAAGAUACUCAAGAUGACUCUCUGGUGGAUACUAUUAUUGAUAAUUCUUUAGAAGAAUCUUUUAAUGCUGAAUUAACAGUGACAGAUAGUAAAUAUCUUAAUUCUCAAACUUACGAUCCAAACGAUAGUUCUCAAUCCCUAUUUUCGAGCGAAGAAACAGUGUUAUCGAGCUCUCAGGUUGAAUCUUAUGAUGAGUCCAAUAUUCAGGGAAAGUCAUCUACUGAUAAUAAAAAUUGCAAUUUGCUCUCUAAGGAUUACAAUAGUAAACAUUUAGCAAAGAAGAUAGAUUCCCUUAGUAAAAUAAAUACUCUACCAAUCAAUUCAUUACCUAAAAGAGAAGAAGAUUCAAUAAUUAAGCGGCCAGCUAUAUCAGGUGCAAGAAAACACUGGAAAAUACUAGAUAAGCGUACAACGAAAAAAAAUUCUGCAGAAAAAGAAUUUAGUAUGAAGGAGUUCUCCGAUACGCAAUUUUUUGGUUUACCAGAAAAGAUAGGCAAAUCCUAUAAACAGAUUAAGAAAAUUAACGAUCUCUACGAUUGGCAAAAAGAAUGCUUAAAUCGGCCAAGUGUUAUUGAAAGAAAAAAUUUAGUUUACUCUUUACCAACUAGUGGAGGCAAAACGUUAGUUGCCGAAAUUCUUAUGCUUAAGGAACUAUUAAUGCGUAAAAAGAAUGCUUUAUUUAUUUUACCAUAUGUAGCUUUGGUGCAAGAAAAAGUCAAAGCCUUCUCUAAUUUAUCAUUAGAGUUUAAUUUUUCUGUAGAGGAGUACGCCUCAGCUAAAGGAAAAAUACCACCAAGAAAAAAGCGAACUCGAUCUUCACUUUUCAUUGCAACUAUCGAAAAAGCGAAUAUUUUAAUUAAUUCUUUACUUGAGACCGGGAGAGAGGAUGAAUUGGGUAUUGUAGUUAUUGAUGAAUUACACAUGUUGGGUGAACAGGGUCGUGGUGCAAUAUUAGAGGGCCUCAUCACUAAACUAAUUGUGAGAUGUUCUGAUACUUUUAUAGUGGGAAUGAGUGCAACUAUAGAUAACAUUUUUGAACUUGGAGACUUUCUAAGAGCAGAAGUUUAUACAAAGGAUUUCAGACCCGUUAAAUUAACAGAAAAAAUUUUAUAUAAGUCAACCCUGUACAAAGUAUCUCCUCUUAAUAAUUCUACUACUCAGGAGAAGUACCUAGGCUCUGACCAAACGGAGAAUGAAAGGAAAUUUGAUCCAGAUGGUAUUACCCAGCUAGUCAAGGAAGUAAUACCUGAAAAGUCAUGUUUGAUCUUUUGUCCAAUAAAAAAAAACUGCGAAAGUAUCAUUAUAUUAUUAAGUAAACUUUUACCAAAAUCUCUUCUAGAUGUCAAAAAACAUGAAAAAGCGAACUUGUUGAAGGAAUUACAAACUGAAAACGAGCGUUUAUGUGAUGUUCUGGCCAAAACUGUUCCUUUUGGUAUUGCUUACCAUCAUUCUGGUCUAACCCAGGACGAGAGAAGAACGAUAGAAGACGGUUUUCUCUCCGGAACUCUAUGUUUACUUGCAUGUACAUCUACUCUGGCUGCUGGAAUAAAUCUUCCAGCGGCCAGAGUUAUCAUAAGAGCUCCCAAAAUUGCAGGGUUGCCUUUAAGUAAGAAUCAAUACAAACAAAUGAUAGGUAGAGCAGGAAGAGCUGGCUUGGACAGUGAAGGAGACAGUGUUCUUGUUUGUGAAAAAAAAGAAGAUGCUAUUCGUCUACUGAAUGACCCUUGUGAGAGAUGCCUAAGUUCUUUAACCAAUCCACAACAUUUGCAUAAUUUUGUGCUAUCUCUAAUAGCAUUAAAAGUGGCCAUUAAUAGAGUGACUCUAAACAAAAUAACAAAGCAUACCUUAGCUUUCAUUCAAAAGGAAAGCUUAAAUGAAAAUAUACAAGAGCUAUCUGAUAUCAUUUUAAAAAAUUUAAUUGAUGAAAAUCUUAUCAUAGAAAAAAACGAUGUAUUUGAAAUUACUGUGUUAGGAAAAGCAUGCUUCAAAGGCUGCAUUGAUUCGAAGAAAGGUGGUCAACUACACGCUGAAUUAUACGAAAAUUUAGAUUUUUUGACAUUAAGACAAACUCAUCUUCAUUUGCUCUACCUUGUAACGCCUCUGGAUUCUCCCACGAUGAUUAAGACAAAUUGGAAAGAGUACUUUAAUGAGCUGAAUCGUUUAACUGAUAGAGAUUUAAAAUUAGUGUCUCAAAUAGGAGUUUCAGAGGCAUACGUAGCCCGAAAAUCAGCUGGUAUAAACUGCAAAGAUCCUGCUAAUUUAUAUAAAGUGGAGAAAUUUUUUGCUACCCUUGUUUUACACAAUCUAUGGAAUUGUAAUAGUAUAUAUAAGACUUCCGAAAAAUUUGGUAUACCAAGAGGUACUGUUCAGAAUUUGAUGACAACCACAGCGUCCUAUGCUUCUUGUGUAAACAUGUUUUGCGGUGAAUUCGAAGAAUUUUGGCCAUAUGUUAAAUUAUUCGAGCCAGUUUUAAAACGACUAAGUACCCAUUGUGUACAUCCUGAUGUAAUGCAGCUAAUGGAAGUGCCUGGUGUAAAACUUGGACGAACUAAACAGCUCUUUGCGGCGGGUUAUACAUCUAUUCGUAACAUAGCACUUGCAAAACCUCUAGAACUGAUAGAGAAGAUUGAUAACCUGUCGGCAAAAACAGCAGGACUUUUAGUAACAACAGCUAAAAUGAUACUAAAUGAUCAAGUCGAAACUUUAAAGGAGGAAGUCGAAUUUUUACUUAGUCCUUAAUAUAGAGGAAUGUUAGUUUUAUAAUUUAUUGAUAAAUUCUACUAAAUAUAACUUUCGAG